GUCUAAACCGCAUAAAGCUAUAUCUGUUAAAAGAAAUAGGAAAAGUAGGCUGAACAAGGGUCUUUUUCGUUGUUACUUCGUGGCCAGAGUGCAGAUCAUCUCUCAGCGCUCUCGCAUCAUAUUCGCCCGCCAUUCGAGAUGUUUCUACGUGCACGCGCCAUCUGCGCCAGCAUUUAGUUAUCGGGCCUAUUAGAGACACGCGCCAUCGACGAAUAUUACUCGACGUCCGUUACACAAAAGGAUGUAGAUCUGAUAUACGCUGAGGUGAGAGAUUCGGAAGCUUUCCAGAUGACUUUGUAACUCCCAUGGCUGAUACAGAGAAGCAGGGUGCAAUGGUGCUUCAUGAAGAGGGCGUGACUGCCCCAACAUUGGCACCUCCCACUACCUCUCCACCAUCCAUCUUUGUUGUACUUAAACAGUUGCAGUCUCGUCAUAGUGGGAAAGACAAGUGCAGCCUGAUGGCAAUUAGUGAAGCAAAUAAAAUGGUGACAUCCUCUGUUGUAACAGGCAUCCAUCCAACAUCAUCCACUUUUGCAGACACCAACAACACUGUACAGUCUGAGAACUUGCCAGCAGAUACUAGAUGUAAAGGCAUCACUGUUACUCUAGACAACAACAGUAUGUGGAAUGAGUUUUAUAGAUGUCAGACUGAGAUGAUUUUGACUAAACAAGGUCGUAGAAUGUUCCCUUACUGCCGCUUUCGUCUCUCUGGAAUGGAACCUUUCCAGAGUUACUUGUUGGCAAUGGAUAUUGUUCCAGUUGAUAACUACAGAUACAAAUGGAGUGGAAAAGGAUGGGAAACCAAUGGGAAGGCUGAGCCUCAUGUUGCACGUUUGUUUGUACACCCAGAAUCUCCUGCUACUGGCCUACACUGGAUGCAGUACCCUGUUUCAUUUUACAGACUGAAACUUUGCAACAACUUGGAUCAGGAGGAACAUAUUAUUUUGCACUCAAUGCACCGCUACCUCCCUCGACUUCAUAUCAUUCCUGCAGAAAAAGACUCUGAAAACAUUCAAGUUGACAGACCCAAUGUCAUAACUCUAAGUUUUUCUCAGACAGAGUUCUUUGCGGUCACGGCCUAUCAAAACCUUAGCAUCACCCAACUCAAAAUUGACUACAACCCCUUUGCCAAAGGUUUCAGGGACGAUGCAGUCAAUGCUCGAUCAUCUAAGGCCAAAAAUGGAAUGUCCACUGAGGAAGCAGAGAGUGAGCUCAAACUAAGCAGGGAGAUGACAACCUUGAAUAAUUUAAAAACUCUGUUCAUGAAGAGAAAUGCUACUGUAAAGGUCAGUAAGGAUCACAAUGUUCCCAGCCCUACAAAUGGAGAAAGGAAAGCUGUUAAUACCGAUGCUUCCGUUGUAGAUGCAAAUGUUCAAAGUUUGUGCACCAAGAAACGGCCAUCAUCAUUGGCCUUCUCAGACUUUAUUAAAGGUGCUCAUGUGAAAGUAAAAAGGUUAUCACUUGAGAAUAUCAAAAAAAAUUGUAUUGUCUCGCAAACAUCCACAACAAGUGAACAAAAGGAGGGAAUGGACAUAUCAUCCAAAACAGAAAAUAUACUAAAAGUUGUUAGUAUAGAUGAAACUGUGGCGGGUGAUAUUCAGAGAUGUAAAAGCACAGACACCUCCUCAAAAACAGAGUUGAAAACAGAUGAAAAUAAAACAGAAAUACAUGAACACAAAGCUGACAAGAUUACAUUGCUACCCAGUGACCAAAAGUAUGAAAAGAGGAUGGAGACCCUUUCUUCUCUGGACACUGAGGCCAAGUCUGAAGCAAACACAAAGAAAGCCUUACCACAUAAGCGGCCAGAACGUGUACCCCUACCACUCCUUGCUCAGUUUCUUAAACAGAGAAAUUCUAAAACAAAACCUACUACACCAAAACCUAAUGUUUCCAGCUCAUUCUUAGACUCUGUAAAGUCCUGUGAACCUGUCAUAACCCCAGAAAGCUCAUCUCCCUUGAUGUCUUCCAUCCCUUGUGUUACCCCUAACUCAGAUUCACAACCAGUACUUACCUCCUUAUCUGAAAAAGUUAAAUCAUCAUCAUCGACAAUAGAUGCAAGCAACAUAACAUCUCCAUCUACUACGUUAUUAUCUCCAUCAGUAACUUUAUCCCCUGUACCUGUAGGAACACAAUUAUCUGUUAGAUUUUCACCUUCCCCAUUUGGAAGUGAUGCAUUAAAUGCCCCAAACACUAUCUCUCCCUCCAAACUUGAUCCUGACCAAACACCUGACAUUAUCUCUAGUGCAUUUCAUAAUGCUGAUGAUGUUUCUUUGACCGAUCCUGACAACACACUCAGGUCUCAGUCAGACAUUUCAUCUCUCCCUACAUGUGACACUUUGCAUGACACUUGUUCACCUACUUCACCUGGAGUUAACAUUGACUCUGCUGAUGCACCUAUUGUCUCUUCUGUCACUACAUCUGUUUUUGAUGUUCCAUCUAGUACAGACAAUAGAAUUAUUCCUUACCAGCAACUUGCAUCAAUGCCUGAAGUUGCUGAGAGUGAAUCAAUUUCUAAUUUCCUCAUAGACACUUCCAAGGGCUCUUGUCCUGAGCUUUUUUCUGAAGAAGUCCCUUCACACACUUUUUUCACACAUGAGGAAUCCCUCUCCUUGCCAUUAGAUGACCCAUCUUCCCCAGAUUUCUCCUUACCUAGCCCAGCGCCUUCUUCUCCUGAUCCAUUUCCACCAAGUCUAUUCUGUGAAAGACCAGUACCUCCUAGAAAGACCCUUGAUUCUUUUCCAGAAAGGCUAUUGGACUGCACAGUUUCUUCCUCUCCUGACCUUUUCCCACUAGGUCUAUUCAACAGCAGGCCAGUACCCCCCAGAAAGAUCCUUGAUUUUAUUACAGAUUUACCUGUGGAUGAAACCAUAACUUCAAAAGAAUCAUUGUCUUCAAGUGUCCCUAGUGGGCCAGAACAUCCCAGGGAAACAGUUGACUUGAUCUCUCAAAGUCAGUGCUCUGAUCGACCAGGUCCUCUUCAUGAAUUGCAGUCUGCAGUUUUUUGUGACACCAAUGUUUCGGGUCACAUUGUAUCUGAACCAAAUAAACAUUCCUCUCAUGAAAGCACUUUCAAGAAAUUGAAGACUAAACAGAAAAAAACAGGAAAAUGUAAGUUCGGUGAAGAUGAUGAGGUGUUCGAAGGAUCCAUAUCUGUUCCAAUGCAGCCAAGCCUGGAAGAUGUUGAAGGCCAGUUGUUUGUCUCCUUCUUGUCAAAGAAAGCUCUUGAGAUUCACCUUGUAGAUGAUGCCAAAAUGGAGAUGGCACAAAAAACCACAGAGAAUACUGAUGGGGCCAGCUAUGAAAGUAUAGAGGAAAAGAUUGAGGAGCUAGAGAAAAUACUUUUACGUGAUCUGAAAUUCAUGAGGCACAGACAGGUCAUUCAUCCGGUGCUACAAGAAGUUGGAUUGAAGUUGAAUCUUCUUGAUCUAACCCUGGAAAUUGAUCUGCAAUAUCUGGGUGUGCAAUUACCCAUACCCCCUCCUGUACUCUCACCCGAAGGAAUUUCAGCACCAUCUCAAGUCCAAUUUGUUUCAAGGACAGGAAAAACCACUGACUUCACCAAAAUUAAAGGAUGGAGAGAUAAGUUUGCUGGCUCAGGAUCCCUUACCGAUGGCAUGUCAAUCACAGAUGCAGGACAGAAGAACCUGUCCGCAUUUUGUAGUGACAUGCUGGAUGAGUACCUGGCCAAUGAGGGCAAAUUGAUAGAUGAACGAGCUGCAGCCUUAUCCCAGACUGAUGUUGCACAUGUAGCAUACCAGCUUCCCACUAAGAGCACUAGCUACGUUCGUACCCUGGAUAGUGUACUUAAGAAACAAUUACCAGCUACCUUAUCCACUACAUCCAAUAAAGUCAAGCCAACUUUCAAGCCCAAAGAGGAAAGUAAAUCUAAAAAACACUUAAAGUCGUGUAUAGGAAAGCAAACAAAACCAGUUCUUCCUGUUAACAAACCUGCUUUGUGCUUGAAAAAGCCACAGCAAAACAAGAAAUGUAAAAAUAAGAAGGAAUACAAGAGUCUAAGUGCUGUAAAGCCUGCUCUAGAAAAUGCUGCAGUGGUAGCUUCUAAUAAGACUUCCAUGGUUGAAGUUUCUGGCUCCACACCAUCAAGUUGUGCGGCUGGACGUACUACAGGUUUGCCUAAGACUCUGGUGAAGCUUAUGGAUGUGGAAGAUGGAGCAGUGUGGGAAGGCAAACACCGUACCUAUAUCACAGAAGAAAGGGCUGCCAUCGCACUAGCCACUCUUGUCACCGCUGAGGGGGUAUCAAAAGGAAACCCUGAUGCCAUCAGAAUUAUAAGACGACGUGCACCACCCUGCCUCAAUGUAUCCUGUAGGCUUGGCUGCGUGUGUGCCAGUCUGGUUCACUUGAGGCGACAUCAUCACUGUGGAAAACCUCAGUGCAUGUUGGGCUGUAGCUGUCUGCGACGCAAAGUGGUUGCACUUAAGACCCCCAAACAGGAGGAAAUUGCAACAGUUGAUUCUGAACCUCAGGGAGUGUCGGAGGAGAACAAGGCUAAAUGGAGGAAGAAAAACAAAAAAAGAAAGACUUAUGUACUGACAGAUCCGGAUACAGCACCUGAACCGGCUAAGCGUGUGAGUACAUUAUGGGAUCGAAAAAGAGAAGGUUUGGAUUCAGAAGUUCUUUUUUGUCCUCCUCCUUCGAGAUCCCCCUCUCCAGCACUCCUGUCUCGAGAACUUAUGCAUGACCUGGAAAGCUUUUUCAGUCCUUCAGAAAAAAAAAUGGUGGAACAGAGAAAUUUGAAUAUAACUGGGGACAAUAUGGAGAGCAAGCUUACAUGUGCUCGUUCGAGACCGUUUUCCUCCAUGUGCCAUGAUAAACAAAAAAUGGUUGACCAACACCACAUCCCACAUGUCUCUACAAAAGAUAUAGAGGAGGGAGAGCUUGUACCUCUUAAUUUCUCUGGCCCUGCCAAGCGGCUUGAGAUCAUAUCUGAAUGCAUUUGGGCUAGUACAGACACCAGAAAUGAUGUUAUGCGGAUAGUAUGUGAGCACAUGGCUCAGGAUCGUUUGAAGCAUCCUUUCUGGAUUGGCAAGUACUUCAUUCAGCCAGUCUCCAAAACUCUACAAGAGAAGGAGGAUGGUUCUGUCGAUACAUACAAAGUCAUCAUCUCUCAACCUACAGAAAAAACAGAAGAUAAGAAGGUUGAGCAAAACAAAGCUGAGCUGAAAAGGGAUGUAGAUAUGAGUGAGGUAAAAGGUCUGCCCUUCCUCUCCAGAUGUUGUCCUGCAGGCUUACUCAAGGCUGAGAAAAAAGCACCUGAUGCUCCAGGACGGAUAAUGGUUAAUGGAAAGACAUACCCACAAGCCAAAUUAGAGCUGGGAAAGAUGGGAGCUUUGCACCCGGCCAACAGACUGGCAGCUUAUAUAACUGGGAGAAUAUGUCCAGUCAGUCAGUCUGGACCUAAUUUGGUAACAACAUCAACAGUUACAAAGGCCUCUAUCACAUCAAUUCCGGUCUCUACUGUCUCCACAUUAACUACAGUUACCAGCACGUCUGCUUCAAUAACCACACCGCUCAUCAAGUCUGUAGUGACCAAGCCCCCAGUGGGAAAGGUCUUCAACCAGUUUGUGGUCAACCACACCAACUCUCAAAAUCUGACCAACACUAGCACCUCACACUUACAGCCUUCCGUUCCAAAAAUAGUCAUCCCCUCCUCCAUGCUGUUGAUUGGCAAGGAGGCUGGGGCUUCUGGGGUGGCUUUUUCUCCUCUUAAAGCAGGUUUGCUUACCCAGGUGUCUAAGCCCUCAGACUCCACAGGUAGCACCAGUUUUCCCACUGUAUCAAAAGUCCAAGCCCCUGCCAUAACCAACCUCACUAAAUCACCCAGCCUGCCUCUGGGUGUGUCUGGUCUAACUCCAACAACUACGGUCUCAUCACCUGGAUCGACCACUCCUGGGAAAAAGACUGUUUAUAUCACAGUUAUGUCCCGUAGUACAGGCCUCACCAGUAGUGUUCCAAGGUUUACAAAGCCUGUCACACAGAGUUGUCCCCAACAGACCCCAGGCCAAAGGGUGCUGCUUCAGGUGGUGAAGACAGCUGAUGGCAACACAUUGUACCGUAAUCCUAAUGGCCAGCUCUUGCAGUUGGUGCCUCUGAGCCAAAUCAAAGCUAUCAAACCCAGCCUCCUAUCUCAAGGUCAACCAACCUUUAUUCGUUUGCCCGCAGCUACUUCUGUCAAUCCAAAAACGCCUCAGGGUGGCAGUGCUACCAUAGUCACAUCUUCCAGCCCAACACCACAAAUGCAGACAAAGCCUGCUGUCACUAUACCAGUCUCUACAUCUUCAUCUAUGAGUGGCAAGCCAGACACACUUACUGCAUCCAAGACGGUCACAGUGAGCAGCCUUCCUUCUACCCUUAAAGUUGUCCCAGGUUUUCUGGGACAGUCUGGCACUUGCACAUUAAGGAUUCUCCCAACAAAUCCUGUUCAAAACACAGGAAUUAUCUUUCCAACUUCCUCCCCUAUCCUCCCUCAGAGUGGCUUUACAUUGCUUAAGCAUGGAAGUUCAACGCUACUGAACCAAGACUCCACUAAGUCUAAGACUGCCGUUUCUGUUAGCUCAGUUUCAACAGAGGGGGCAGUCAGUCAUGUCCCUAACCAAUCUGAAAUGGAUCCUUCUAAACAAAAAAGCUGUGACAGUUCUGAACUAAUAGCAGAAAAUGUAUCAGAGCAUCCAUCUUCUGCUGCCUCCUCUCCAAAACCAAGUCAGUUUUCUGGAGAUGGUUCGAGUUUGGCUGAAGCUGGUAACAGACCUAAUCCCAAAGUGAAAGAAACACAUUUUAACAUUGCUCCAGUUUCUGAAGAGGAAGAGAUUGGUUCGGACGCAACAGAAUUAACUGAUGACUCUGACUUGUACAGUGAUGAUGACAGAGAAGAUGCAUGUAUAAUGAGUGAUUCUGAUAAAGAGGAGAGGAUGUUGGAUACAGAUGGUUUGGGCUCUGAGAUGAAAGAUUUUGCAGAGGUGGUGGUUGAUAUUGAGACUAUUGAAGAGUCUGCUGAUGAAAACAGUAUUACCAAACUUCAGGCAUCUGCAUUGAGGCGGAAUCAGCAUCAGAGUGACCGGAAGCACAUUAAUGAUGAAAUGUUGGAGGUGAGGGUCAAGAGAGUGAGGCUGGAGAGAAAGAGGCGCCACACAAUUAAAGAGUGCUUUCUUAAACUUCAGGAAACACUCGGAAAGCCUUCAAAAAAUCUUAAGACCUCCAAGAUGAGAAUCCUUACAAUGGCUCAAAAAGAGAUUGAGUCUCUGGUUAACCAGGAGGACCACUUAAUAGAAAGAAUAGCGAAGCUGCAAUUUAAGAGACAGCGUUACCUACAGACACUUUCACUAUUGUGUGACAAGAGCACAGAGGCCAUCAGCCAGAAGCUUAGUGAAAUUAUUACUAAACAAAAAUCUCUGGAAUCCCAGUCUAAUGCAAAAGAGAUGAAGUCCCAGCUGAACCAGGCAAUGCCCAAAUCUAAACCAAAACGUAAACUAGCUGAUCUUGGAAGUAAACCGAAAGGUUUAGCAUACCAGAACAAAUUGAAAGAUGUUCCCAAACCUACCUAUUCUCCUUCCAAACCAAUAGACUUGAGUAUUAAAAAACAAAAAAGCCUGGAACGAACUGAAAGUGUUUCCAAAUCCGCACCAGCCUCCCCUGCAAACGUCGAUGGUAGCAAAAACUCUCUUAAAACUCAGGAUAAAGAGAGAGGUAGUACAUCUGAACCUUCUCAGCCAUCCCUCAACUCCAGUCCACAAAAGAAACCUGUCUCUGUCCCUAGUCCUGUGAAACAUUCCCCAAUACCACGUGAGAGAACGAGGCCAAACAUUCUCUCCCGUGCCACAUCCCAGGUGAUACAAGGAUCUCCAGUCAAAGAACCUCUUAUAACUAAUGUGUGUAUACCUCAAGUAUUCCCUCUGAUGAAUUCCAUGGUUCCAUGCAAUCAAAUCAUAACCAUAAACAACCAACUUCAACCAAUUGGCAUCACCUCUGUAGGGACACAGCAAUCAUCCACACCAGGUGUUGCAUCUGUGUCCAUAAUUCCUGCAAUAUCUCACCCGGUUGGAGUGAAAAGUCCCCUUCCAUUGUUGCAGUCUCAGUUUAUUAAAAUUACAAACAGUCCUGUUAAUAUUAACACGCAAGUGGAUUACGCCAACGUUCCAAAUAUCACCAAUGUUAUUUCUCUGGUUCCACCGGCGGAGAAUCUGGUAAUACCACAGAAAGUUGUGGAAGAUACAUCUGUUGUCCAGGCACAGCAAACAUUUGUCCCUUCACCUGUGGAGAAUCAGCAGAACCCUUCAGAUGUUACAAUUCCUGAAUUGGAGGAAAGGGCAGUUGUGGAUGAGCCUCAAUCCAAGGAUGUCCCCAAACAACCUGUAGGAGGAGAUGAGAACAGUGCAUCUGUUACUUCAUCCAACCAAGAAGGACUGGACAAGAAAUGUCCGGAUGACUGCAACGAUCCUGAGGAUGAAAGUCUCAUGUCUUUGUUAGAUGAACUUGUUCUCCUUAGCCAGCAGCUGAGUAACGAAGAUGAAGAUCAGAGAAUUGUCGUGCCUGGCGAGGUACAGUCAUGUUCGGACAAGCAGGCAGAUGAAGAACGGGAUGAUGACCGUGCACUCAGUCCAUUGUUCCUAACUCUGGAUGAAGAUCUAAUGUCUCCAGACUCUAAAGAUGAAAUUGACAUCCCACCCAAAGUGGAUGACUUGGUCAAAGUCAUUUUUGGAUCAGAUUCACCUUCUGUUUCAUCUGAAUCUGGGGUUGCACCAUCAACAAAUGUUCAGAGUCCACAUGCCCCAACGUUCAACGAUAAAGGUGAUGCCCCUACACUGCCACCUCUGUUGCACAUGAAAGCUGCAUGUGAAGCUGCAUCAGGGCAGUCUGCCAAUGAAGGGACCAGUGUGACAUGGCGGCCUAUGCCUAAACUGGUUCCUCUAGGGUUAAAAUCUCAAGACACUGUUUUGAAUAAGGUGACUGGCUCCCCAGUUCUCAAACCAGACUCAAACGAGGAAGAUGUUCAUAAACCACAAAUGUGAUCUACCAAUCAAUGAAUCAGGUAUAGCUGCUGCUUAUGUUUAAAAAAAAUUAUGUACAGAAUAGUUUUUAAUGUUAUGUAUUUAUUGUUUGUUUGCUGUCAAUGUCCUGCUGCUGUGGGCACCACUUGUUGUGCCUCUGGUAAAUCCAAAGACUUUUGUUGAUUUAACCUUUUUUUGUUUUUUGAACACACAAACUUCUAGACCAGCUAGACAGAUGUCUGAUUGGUUUUGCUAGCAAUUGUGUAUCCACUCUUUGUGGUUAUAGCUGUGAAAGAAGCUGUUUACUCAUUCUAAGCUCCAUAUUGGAGCAUGUUGUUUUUUUCCCCAUUGGAGUUCAUUAAGAAAACAAAAGAAAAUGUUUACUUGGUCUUUAAAUAUAGGAUUACUUCUCCCUUAGCAUAAUGGAGGUGAAACUGAUCAUCAUUGUUUGCGUUGGGAAUUUUGUAUGGUCAUUAGGGCAGUUUUCCAGGCGACCUUUUUAGGUAUAAAUGAAUUUGCCCAGUGACUUUCAACAGUAAAGCCAUAUCACCCUUGAGUUUAUCUGCUAAUGAGAUUACACAAAUGUCAUUGUCUUAGUAAUCUAGUUGAAACUAAAACCACUGUCGAUUAAACCCAUUUUCAUGAAUGCAUGUUAAGGCAAUAAUAGAUGUUAAAUUCAGAAAACAGUCUUUCUUCUUCUUAGAGAGUGCCUUUCAACAGGUUCUUCUAUAUGCAUAUUGGGACAUAGGUUUGUUUUAUUAGGAAAUAGUAAACCUAUAACAAUAGCAUUAGGAGCUUACAGAUAAAAGAAGGAUAUAGUGUAUCCACUGCGGUUUACUCUGAUGUUUAAGUAUUGUCUUUUUAUUAUUAUUUUUUUAACUGACUUUAUUUUUAUUUUUUUUAAGUAAUUGGUGAAGUUUGAAUGCAGACAGUUUAUUGCUCUUGAACGUUUUAGUUUUGAAAACCUUCUUUUAUUUCCCCCACCUCAACAGCAACAAAUUAUAAUGAAGCAUUUCAAAGGGUUGUAACGCUAAUUUCACACUUCCAAUGAGGUGGUUAACUUCAAGAGAUCCCUCAGUUUGAGCUUACAAAUGUAGUAAUCACUAUGCAAUUGUUUUGCUUUAGAUUUAGACAAAAUAGGUAAAGAAAAGCUAGACAGGAAUGUUAAAAAACUAAAUACAAUUAGAUGCAGUCACUGUUUAUUUUCUUGUGUAUAUUUAAAGCAACAGGGUUUUUUUGUAAGUAGGUUAGCUUGUUAAAUGUCUGUAUAUUUGUCUGUAAUAUAACUUCUUGGAUAUUGUAAAUAUGUAAUAUCUAUUCCUUUGUUAGUAUGCAAACUUAAAUACUUAU